AUGGAAAGUCCAUUUAAAGCUAUUGCACAGAAGAACGUCAAAAGGUUAGACUUGGAGAAAUCAAUAAUGGAGCAGGACAAGGAGACCUGAAAGUUACUCUGAAAGUCUCUUUAUUAUAAUUAUUUCAUUGCAGCAAAUGUGAAAAGUAGCUAUUACAAUUACAAAGAAGAGGAUCCGAUCCAGAAUUAUGAUUUUGAGUAUCCACAAACAAGAGAGAUCAAGUUUAUUCAGAAAAUGAGCUUCUUAAAAGAUUAUUGCACUCGAGUUAAUGAAUUCUAUUUGACUUUUAUUAACAGCAAGAAAAAGUAUAUUAUCAAUUCCUUCACUAGUUCGUUUCCUAAGUCAGUUGCUCAUGUUAGAAUUGACUCUAAAGACAGGCUCCUUUUAAAUACUUCCCUUCAUUUCAAGGGAAUAAUAAGAAUCAGUUCAAGAGUGUUAAAUGAAAUUGAUAUAUCUUCUUUUAGAAUCAGUCAACCUCAGUUAAAGAGAUUUAUAGUGUUUUACAAACAUAUUCAAGCAAUAAGAUUUUAUAGUUGCAAGCUUUCAGUGUCUGUUGUCAUGGACUUUACAGAUUUGCUGAAAAAUACAAAUAUCCAGAUUCUAAGUUUCUGCUAUUCAGCAAUACCCAAACAUGACCACUGGGAGACAGAUCUUAAUGAGUUUAUUAAUUUAAUAAAAAGUUUGGCUACUUCUAAAGAUUUAAAGAAGAUGCUAAAGUACUUAAGUCUUACUAAAAGCAUGGCUGAGCCAAGCGAGGCAAGAAAAAUUCUUGAUCAAAAUGGAUUUGAUAAAGUCGAAGCUACAUAUCCAUAUAAUAAAGUUCCAAAAUAA